UUUAAGCUGAAAUAAUCCGGAUUCAAGCUUACCCAAGCAUGUAUAUAUUUACGUAUACAGCAUUGAAUAAUACGCGCCACGCUCUCCCCAUUUUGCCGCCUAUGCGUAGACCGAGGGACGUUCUCUCUUUGCGCAGUAUAGAGGGCUAGGAACGGCAGACGUGUAACGUGUGUGUGUAACAAGUGAGAGAGUAAUUUUUUGUUCUUUCGGCAACGUGUAGGACAUCUUAAAGUACAAAGGUAUAUGUAUAUAAAGGUGCUGAAGGAUAUUCUUCACACUUCUGGAAGAAACAAAUUUUUUUAUAGAUGAUUUCACACUAUCAGAAAGUAGAAGGCGUUGAUGAGAUAUAUACAAUAAUAUAUAAUAAAAAAUAAUUCACAAUAUAUAUAUAUAUAUAUAUAUAUAUAUAUAUAUAUAUAUAAGCACAAUUUAUAAAAGCUUGCAUUAUUAAUCAGACAUGGCAUAUGCAGUCGUAACAUUCAAUAACAAUGAAGUUUCCGAAGUACCAUCCAAUUGGCUUGAAACAAAUGACGAUGAACCAUCAUGUUGGUGGCCAACAAAUUAUAAAAACAUUAGUACGCUAAUAGCAAAAAAAUCUGAACCAGAUAAAAAGUCGUGGGAUAAUUUGCCUGUGACCAUCGAAAAAUAUUGCACGUCUCUUGAAAAGGCUCGAAAGGUCGCGGAGGAUGCAAAUUAUAUAACUACUGAUGAUGACCAACUCGGAAAAGGGUACAGAAGAGUCAUACCAAAUAGACGAAUAUCGAGCUCCUCAUCCGAUGAUGUCGAAAAUAAAAAUCAAUCUAAAACUUCGAAGUGGAUAAAAAAGCCACGAGACCUGCGUCGAAACAUAUUAUCAGACCUGCCACCGAUUCCAAACAGCUUUGGCGAGAUAUCAAAAUCUGCAAAUUUUCAAAAUUCACACGACGUCGUAGAGGCAAGAGGAUCAAAAAAGCUCACAAAGUCACAUAUCAUAAACGAAGACCAACGUGACAUAGACGAGGAAGCAGAAAACGUGGAUGACCCAUACAUGACGAUUCCGAGUCCGGUUGCGAUGUCAGAAACUCGCAAAAAAGAAAAUUUUUCUGAAGUUUCAACGCUUACUAGAAAAGCCUUUGAUGGCAUGGAAGUGGUGGAUCGUAAUCAGGAAGAAUAUUCAAGAAUAAUUAUUCGGAUGCUCGCAUCGAUUCAAGUACAACUACGGGAGCUUCACCAGAAAGUCGAACACGGAAAACCUAUGUUUUCAGGAAAUGUUGGCCUCAUAGCGUCUCUUCUGCCAUUAAAAUCGAUCGCGGAGAUUGAAGUCUUUGAGAAAAAAAUCCAUGAAAAUCCGGAAAUAAAACAACAAUUUAAUACAUUUGUACAGAAAAUUGGAGGUCAUAUAGCGCGUGAGGACACCCAAAGAAUUUGCACAAAGAUCUUCACAAAUUCCUGUGCAGAGUUAUGUUCAUGGAAAGGACGGAAGGGAAACUUUUGCAUUGAAGAUCUAUAUAUUAUAAAAAUAAUGCAAGAUGCUAUUUUACAUACAUAUCCGGCAACAAAAGAAAUUGAAUUCGAAGAGAUCGUCGCAGAAUGGUUCCGGUUUGCUAAACAACGACGAAAUCGAACAAUAGAAAAAGAGAAGAAAAGAGCAGAAAGAAGAAAGACAACGGAUGAGACAAGAGAGAAUGAAGCAAACUCUUAACAAGGUUAAAGAUAAUAUAAAGACACUUGCUACUGUCAUAUACCGUGAAAAAAUGCCUUUGUGUCUUUUGUCAAAAACUCUUUUUCAUAUUUUUCUUUUUUUUAUUCAUAUGAACGUUUAUUAUUAUAUAUAGUAUAUCUAGGUUAUUAUAUAAAGAAAUUCACUAUACAACGGAAUAAAAAAGUCUGCAAUUGCCAUCUUUAACGAAUGAUGCGUGACACUAUAUACAAAUAAUAAUAAUAUAGAAACAUACAUAUAAUGUAGCGUAAUAAAGAUGAGGUGGGAUGUAUUAAUUAUAUAUAUGUAAAACUGUGAUAGCGACAUUGCAAGAACCCACGUAUUAUUUUAUCACAGCCAUCAUCACUCGGUAUCUAGUCGAUUUUAGUAUCUAUUAGCAUCUAGUCGAUAGACAAUUUGCAGAAAAUGUAAAAGACAUAUAUUAAAUAGAUUGAUAAGAUAUAUAAGAUA